AUGAGCGGCUGGGAAAGCUUAUUUAAUACCGCUGCUGUCGACUAUAGUAGUGGAAACUUUAGAGAUUCAUAUAGUAAUUAUUUAAAAGCAGCUAAUGCACUGCUCUUCAAGUUUGGUAACCACGAGGUCGCUUUUGCCAAUAGAGAGACAGUAAAAUCUAAACCAGUUAAUAGCACCCGAUUAUUUCAACAACUCAAAUUUUGUGUACAAAGGCUUGAAGACAUCCUUGAAAAUAGAGCAAUAAAUGGAGUACCUCCAAUCUCACAACCUUCAACUAUUUCCGAUAAUACUGCUUUAAAUCUUACAAACUCGCACCCGAUGCACCUACCCCUUGUUCCUUUCUCUCCACUUACUAGGCAAUCUAUUCACCAUGCUCAUUCUCUUGCUGUCACAAGCCAGCGAUUAUCUGUUGCCAACCAAAAAAGUCCAGAUAUUGGUAAAGAUUCAGAGGGUAUUAUUCGGAAAUUAAAGGAUGAAGUCCGCCAACAGCAAACUAAACUUGAUCAAGUCAAUAACCAGAUCCAAUCAAUUGCUGAAGUUACCCUGCUUCAUUGGGAUGCUGAAGCAGCUUCGCUGCAGUUAACCAUAAUUGACAGUUCAUUAUUUAAUAAAGUAGAUUUCAAAAAAGAUUUUUCAGCAAAAGACAAAAAGAAUUCCAAAGUGCAAGCUUGUAUGGACUUCCACCGAUACUUGACUAAUAAUUUUGCACACCAAUUUAUUUAUGCAGAUAUGACUCGGACGUCCGUCAACUCUUCACGUGGAACUCAACAUCCACGAGAAAGUAUUAUUCCUCAUGCUGUCAGAAUUGCCUAUUAUUUAUUAAAUGUUCAUCGUAAUUUUAAUAGCUUUGCUGCUUUGAUGAAAGCGCUUACUUCUCCUGAAGUACGCAGGAUAAGGCGUUUAUGGACUAAUCUUCCUGCGCCUACCACUAAAGCAUUAAAAGAGCUAUCAUCAUAUGUGAAGAAAGAUAAUGAUUACAAAGCUUAUAGAGACAUGCUUGCACAAAAGCUGGAUUCUUUUCGUGGAGUUGGUCGGGGAACGAUUGUCAUUCCUUGGAUGCAACCUCAUUAUGAAGAAAUAAAAAGUAUAAAUCAAUCUUAUACAAGUGGAAAAUCAGGGGAUUCAUCCGAAAACAUCCUCUCGUCACCUGGUGCAUUGAAAUUAGCAUCAAUAUUUGCUCUUCUUGAGCAAUGUAAAACUAACACAAUGGCACAUGAUGAUGAAGAGUGGAAUGAAGUUCGAAAACAUGUAAUAUCAUCACAACGUCAUAGAGAUACAAUAACAGUUGAUGGUAUAACAAUUACAAUACCUCCGACCCUUUCAUGUUUAGGUUGUGGUGAUUUAGGGUUGCAUCAUUGGCUUGUAUCUAGAGUCUAUUUAACUAAACAACAAUUAGUCGAUGAGAGCAUUGAGAUUGAACCUUUAGGUGAGAAUGAACAACUUCCAUCACCACCUCUUACCAAAGUUUCUCAGAAUAAUUCUGGAGAACAAAGCAAUGAAACAUUAGAACCCUUGGAUACGCCAUCUUCAAUUAAGGAUUUUGUUUAUACAUCUAGCAAUGAACAGACCAUUGAUAACAGUGUGUCUACGUCUGUUACAAAUGAAAUUUCAAAAACCGUUGAAAAUGGCAAACCUGUUGGGAAAUCUUUAGAAGAAACGUCAUACAAUUUAGAAACAGUAAAGAAUGAUUCUGCUUCUGGUUUUUCAAAUG